UAUGGGUUUCUUCUCAUAUCUUAUCGAUGAUUCUGGUGCCAUUGAUUCUAAAUUUAGCUCCUUUGAUCGAAUCUUGUCGUGGGUAUUUGUCGAGAGAUCGAGAGAGAGAGAGAGAGAGAGAGAGAGAGAGAGAGAGAGAGAGAGAGCAAUUCAUCUUGAAGUUUGCUUGGGGAUGCAAAGGCUGAUACAAAAGGGCAAAUCUUUUCUGGUGAAUCCGUUGUGUCAAAGUGUUGUGAAUACGUUAUGGGGAAACAAGGAUCACCGAAGAGUCCACGGCCGAGUGUUACGGAUAAGAACUCGUCGUUCGGGACGAGAAAUUUCGACGGCGGCCAUGGUAAUGAUCCUUCUAUUGGGAGGAGAAUAUCUGGAAACGACUGUAAAUGGAGCUCCAAGUUCUCAUCAAUGGAAGGAUCUAAACAAGAUUUCUGCAAAGGGGUUUACUCCUGGAAGAAGCAUUCAUGGCUCCGUCGGAAUUUCAAGUCGCUCGUGGUUAUGAUCGCUGUGUCGGGUUUCGUUUUCUUUCUGGAUUCGGUUAUGGUAUCGUUCUUUUAUUCAGACAGCGUUAGUGACAGCUCACUGUUGAAUAACACUGCUUGGAAUGAGAAUGGAAUUUCAGAAGCAAGAGAAGAAGCUCCUCCGUUGCAAAUGUAUAUCCGACUUAUGAAUCUCGCUUCAAAUGCCCUUUCCGAGAGAGAGUUCAAGCCCGAGACAUCGAAAUUCUGGAAGGAAAGAUUCCCCAAGUCAUCUCUGUGGAAGCCUUGUGCUGACAAGAAAGCAAGAACAGCCUUCGAUAAUGUCAGGUCCGGAGAAGGGAACGGUUACUUAGUCGUCAGUGCAAAUGGCGGUCUUAACCAACAGCGAGUGGCUAUCUGUAAUGCUGUUGCAGUGGCUUCUUUGCUUAAUGCCACUCUGGUUCUUCCAAGAUUUCUUUACAGCAAUGUGUGGAAGGAUCCGAGCCAGUUCGGCGAUAUCUAUCAGGAAGAUUAUUUCAUCGACUACCUGAAGGAUGAUGUUUCUAUAGUGAAAGAUCUUCCCCAGCAUUUGAAAUCUAUAGAUAAUCGAAAUCUCAGCAUGGUUACUGAUUCUGACCUCGUAAAAGAGGCAAAGCCAAUCGAUUACAUCGAACAUGUACUUCCUCUCUUGCGGAAGUACGGAAUGGUUCAUCUUUUCGGGUACGGGAAUCGUCUUGGCUUUGAUCCAAUGCCUUCCGACGUUCAGAGACUGAGGUGCAAAUGCAACUUCCAUGCACUGAGAUUUUUGCCCGAAAUUCAACGAGUCGGCUCGUUGUUGGUUAAACGGAUACGAAGAUACGACGCAUCGAAAAGCAGGUUGGAUAAAGAACUGCUCGGGGAAUUCAUGCCGGGAGAUCGUACGGAAGGACGGGAUUCAUCCACCGGAGGACCAUUGAAGUAUCUCGCCUUGCAUUUGAGGUUCGAAGAGGAUAUGAUCGCCUACUCUCUUUGCGAUUUUGGCGGCGGAGAGAAGGAACGGAACGAGCUUCGAUCUUACCGGGAAAACCAUUUCCCGCUCCUAAUCGAACGCCUGAAAAAAUCCGGGUCUGUCACUCCUGAAGAGUUGAGGAAACAGGGAAAGUGUCCAUUAACACCCGAAGAAGCGACUCUGAUCCUCUUCGGGCUCGGAUUCGGGCACGGGACGUACAUAUAUCUGGCGGGGUCGGAAAUAUACGGAGGGAGGCCUCGUAUGCUUCCCCUCACGACGCUUUACCCGAAUAUCGUGACCAAGGAAAAGCUUCUCACGCCAGACGAGCUUGCUCCGUUCAAGAAUUUCUCUUCUCAGCUAGCGGCGUUGGAUUUCAUCGCGUGUGCGGCGUCAGACGUGUUUGCAAUGACCGAUUCCGGGAGCCAGUUAUCGUCGUUGGUGUCGGGAUUCAGAACGUACUACGGGAACGGACGUGCGCCGUCGUUGAGGCCCAACAAGAAGAGGCUGGCGGCGAUCUUGUCGGAAAGCGGGAGCAUUGAAUGGAACGUUUUCGAGGAGAGGGUGAGGAAGAUGAUAGAAGAAGGGCAACGGGUUCGUCUGCGGCCGUACAACCGCAGCAUUUACCGCCAGCCAAGAUGUCCGGAAUGCAUGUGUAAAUCCGGUUAGGACAUAUAUACAUGUAUGUUUUUUUUUUUUUUGUUUCACCUACCCGGGUAAUAAGUUUUGUUAUUUGAAUCUGAUUCCAGAUGCUACGACUGUUCGAGAAAAUGUUCGGGUAUUUAUAGGUAUCCGAAUCCGAAAAAACAAUACAAAAAACUUGUAUAGUAAAAGA